UUGAAAUUUCUGUUGAAUUCCGAUCAAGCCGGCAAACCCAGAAAGAAGCACAUGAUGGAAAAAUAUUUGUGAGCAUUCGCCUUCUUUGAUGUGCUUCACCUAAAUUACUGUAAUUUAUAUUCAAUUCAAUUCAUCAUCAUUGCCGGUCUUCUGCUCCUUGUUGCUGUAGUACAGUAGUAGUCUCUUCUAAGCUUCCUAUCAACGUGGUUGUUGUUGGUGGUGGUCCAUCUGCGGAUACUGAAAAAGGGCUCGAUCAAUCAUUCAACAGUUCCUUCAUCACUUACUUCGCCUCUUAGCCUCCGUCCAUCAAUCAUCCAUUGAAGAAGUACAGCCUCUUACAGUUCAUCAUGUCCACAUACCACGGUCUCUGUUCCUACCCACACGGCGGUCGUUCCGUGUCAUUCUUAUGGUUUGCGUUGGUGGGCGCCACGAUUUGCACGUGCUACUCGAUUUCAUCGUGUCGACUGGUCGUCUUGACGUACACUUCCAACCUCGGUCAUUUUGAAGAUCACUUUGUCAAUUUUGAUGCACUUUCAGAUGAACGCCAUACCGUUGGCUUGGGCUUGUUUACGUGGUUGCGGCCCAGUUUUUAUGUGGAUGGAGAUGACGAUACCGUGACACGCGCUACGGUCGGCAAUUGGAGAGAAGGAUCCUGUGUCGGAUACAAUACACUCCAGUUGGAGGACAUUCUCGAUCCCACCAUGGAAGCCGUCCGGAUUCUGGGAGUGGUCAGUAUUCUACUGGCAUUCUCCGUGUUUCUCUUUAGUCUCAUGCUCAGUUGUCUCAGUCUGGCCGCAUGGCAACGAUACAUUCUCUCUGCGGCAUGUCUAUUUGCCGGCAUUGGCAAUGGACUCGUCUUGUUGAUGCUCAACAGUGAUCUCUGCACGUCCAUGGGGACUAGUGGCACUUCCUCGUGUGUCAUGGAUCAAGGAGGACUUGUUUCCAUUGCGGCGGUCAUUUUGUGGGUCUGUGCCGCAUUGCUCACUUAUUUCUAUAUUGAGCCCGUACGAGAUCCCGGAAUGCACGACAAGAUGGUCUCGCAGCGUCAAUCGCAGAAACGAAAAGCCAGUCUACAACAAAUCCGAAAGGAAAACAAAACAGACUGGAACAACAAUAGCAGCAGUCACAGUGGCAAGAGCAAACGACAAUCCAGCAAGAAGAGUGACAACAAGAAAAAACAAACGGACAAGAAACCAAAAAUGUACGCCUCCUUUUCCCUCCCCAAACAACAACGGGCAUUGGCAGAUCGAGACGAUGGUGACGAGGACGAUCAAAAUUCACAGUCCGAUGCCGCACAAAAGAAACAAAAACCACGACACAACUCGGCUCCUCCCAAGGUUUCUGCGCCGAUUAUGCUAACACAAGCACGUACUGCCGCCACCAACAAGAGUUUGGAAACCAAGUACAUUCCACGAACGCAGUCGGCCCAAUACGGAACCUACGAUUACGCUCCCGUCGAUCCACCGGCACAUCAUUCGGCAGGACCACAGGAUCAUCCUCGCUAUUACAGUAGCAGUCUGCCGCCAAACAAAUCCAACGAUCUCAGUGCCGCCGAACAAGAUGCCAUUAUUCGGGGUGUCUCCCAAAAACUGGCCGAUCCACACAGUUUGAAUCGAGAAGAAUCGCGAUCCAUGCUCUCCUCCUUGACAUCACCAUCGUUUGCUCCAGCACCACCGAAACAACAACAACGACAAAUUACACUCAAUGGUGUCCUGGCCGAUGAUUUGGCCACAAAACCAAAGAAUGAUGCACUCUGUUGUGGUGUUGGAGUCUAACGAGUCUAGCAAACGCAGCAAGCGAAGCGAACGCAACAGCAACACUUUGGGAAUGGGAUUUCGUAGUACACUUAUGAUGCAGUAUAUGAACGUGUGUCAGGAUCCGCUAUAGCUACUGGGAGUGCCAAACAAACGCUCGAGCGAGCGAGUGAGUGGAUGGCAAGGAGCUGGAUCUGCUCGUGACGAUUGGUCCACCUACGUAUUCCGUACCGUACUGGUUGGUACAGUAGAGUUUGAUUCCCUGCUGGAUGAAUGGAUGGAUGGCUAGAAAAGAUGGUGGCAAAACAACUAACUAGCUAACUGUAUAGAAAGGGACUGAUCAUCCUGCUAUGUUCACCACGAGCGAGCUUGGCAACAGUACCACUACCGGUACCGGUACUGUAAACAGCCGACUCGG